AAAAAACGGCAGAGUUGUAGUUAUCUACCUCAAAAUGCACACACGACGACAGUUCCAUUUUCUUUUUAGUAGUUUACAUCAACUAAUUAACCGAAGGAGCUCAGUCUCUGAAGAACAGAGGUGAUUCAGAAAUGGAGGAAGAUAACAAGCGAAUGCAGCAUGUCCUCCGCAUGAAAGGAGGUGUUGGAGAGGAAAGCUAUGCUAACAACUCAAAAUCACAGAGUGCAUAUCUAUCCAAGACAGUGCCAGUACUAGUGCAAGCAGUGAUAGAUUUCUGUGACAGCAACUUACCUGAGUGUGUUACUAUAGCCGACCUUGGUUGUUCUUCAGGGCCAACCAGUAUUUUUGCUGUUGCUGAAAUCACAAGCAUCAUCCACAAAAAGUGCUCUCAAUUGGGUCAAUCAUCACCUGAAUUUUGUGUGCUUUUAAAUGAUCUCCCUGGGAAUGAUUUCAACACUGUUUUCAAGUCUUUGCCAGCUUUCCAUGAGAAAAUGAUGGAAGAAAACGGACACAACUUUGGGCCAUGUUAUAUUUAUGGUGUUCCAGGUUCUUUUUAUGGGAGGCUUUUUCCAUCAAAAAGCCUACAUUUUGUGCACUCAGCUUCCAGUCUUCAUUGGCUUUCACAGGUGCCUCCAGAAUUGAGCAACAAAUUGAAUCCUCUAAUAAACAAAGGAAAGAUAUUCAUUUCAAAGACAAGUCCACCUGAAGUGAUAAACGCAUACAAGGCACAAUUUCAGAGAGACUUCUCUUCGUUUCUCGAGGCUCGAUCAAGAGAGGUAGUUCCAGGAGGGCGCAUGGUCUUGAUGUUCAAGGGAAGAAGACUAGUCGACCCAGCUGCAGAUGAAAGCUGUUUACUGUGGGAUUAUUUAGGACAGGCGUUCCAAGAUUUAGUUUCAAAGGGGCUUAUCGAAGAAGAAAAGCUGGAUACAUAUAAUACACCAUACUAUGAACCAUAUACAGAAGACAUCAAAGCUGAAAUAGAGAAAGAAGGAUCAUUUGCCCUCGAUCGCCUUGUUACCCUUAUACUUCCUUGGGAUGGCUGUAAUGGAGGAAUCAAGUGUGAUAGGGCAAAAACUGCAAAAAACAUGGGAAAGGCCAUCAGAGCAGUCAAUGAGUCGAUGAUUCGGAAUCACUUUGGAGCCAAUAUUAUGGAUAUUUUAUUUGAAAAGUUCACUGAAAUUAUGGCAACUGAUGCUAAGGAAGUAGAGCAUGUGAGUGUUGCUGUUUCCAUAAUCCGAAAAGCUUAGCUGCUUCAUUUUCUUGAUAAACUUCUUAUAUGGCCAUUUCUGCAAAGCAUGGUAGUUCUGUUCUAUAACAAUUCUAAAAUAAUGUUUACACACCCAAAGCCAGACUAUUCUUUACUAGAGAUUCUUGCUGUUUCUAUGGUGAGAAAAGCUAUUGAUAUAGAGGUUAUAGUCACACAAUAACAAGAAUUAUCUUGUUGCCCAAGAGCUUUCUUGAAAGGAAGUCAUGCUUGGCCUUCAUUAAAAAUUUUUGGUUCUUGGAUUAGUAGUUAUUAAUAAAUUGAAUUUUGUGGUCA